CAAGAAUCCAAGGGCUUCUCCUUUCCAGCAGCAGUUCUUUGAGAGCCUGUGUGAAAGGAAGAUUUAUGGAUCAAAUGGAGGGUGCCUGUGGACUUCUCUUAAACCAAAAGGAUGCCAUUGCUCUUGACCAGGAGCUCAUGACAUCUCCAGGCUUCAGUGUGGACCAGCUGAUGGAGUUGGCUGGGCUUUCAGUUGCUUGCGCAGUUGCUACAGCCUUCCCGCGCGAGAAGUAUGAGGCAAGACCAUCUGUGCUUCUUGUUUGCGGUCCUGGCAACAAUGGAGGUGAUGGCUUGGUGGCCGCGCGACACCUUUACCACUUCGGGUACGAGGCCCACGUGAUUUACCCCAAGCCCAAUGUCAAGGAACAGCUCUUUGCUAACUUGCGCACCCAAUUGGAGCAACUGUCGGUACCAGUCGAAGCAGCUUUGCCGGAUUCUCUUGACCGAUACUGCGCAGUGGUCGAUGCCAUUUUCGGAUUCUCCUUCAGCGGCGCAGUGCGUGCGCCCUUCGACGACAUCAUCAGGAGACUGUCAAGCUCUGGCAGCCCACCUGUGCUUUCAGUCGACAUCCCCUCUGGCUGGGAUGUUGAGAAGGGUCCUCCAACGGAGGGGCCAGCCUUACAACCAGGUCUGUUGAUCUCCCUCACUGCGCCAAAGAUGUGUGCAGCGCACUUCAAAGGGAGGCACUUCCUGGGCGGUCGCUUUGUUCCUCCGGGAAUUCUGGAGAAGUACCGGCUGAAGCUGCCGGAGUAUCCAGGUGUGAGUCAAGCACCGACCCCCAGAGCCCGUUGAGACCCGUUGAGACCCGUCGAGACCCCUCGAGACCCGUGAGGUGGUGGAGUUGCCCAGCUGAGUUGAGUUCCCUGUGCGGCACCGUGCGCACCGUGUGCUUGCUGUGGAGCUAGAGCAAGCACCUGGUUGGAAGAAAAAGGAACCUGUGAGGCUCAUGUCAGAUCUCAAGUUCUGGAAGCGAUCAGUUGACACUGC